GGGCCGCUAGGGGCGCUGCGGCAUUUAAACGCGGCGCAUAGCUUUCUCGGAGGCCGGUUGCACUAUGAGGGGCUCCGGCGCGAUCGUGCUACAGCUGGUCCUGCUCCUGGCCCUUUGGGGUGCCUCAGAGGCUGAAACUUCAGGACCUAUCUGAAAUGAGGUCAUCUGUCUGGUAUCAGCAUAAAAUGUUAUUUGCAAGCAGCAAGGCGAAGAAGAGAGAACUGGGGUCUCUGGCAUUACAUGAUGAAGAGGCUCCAGACAACAGAAAUGAAAUAUUUCCUCUACUCUGUGACUCUACAAGGCAAAAGCGGUGUUUCAGCCGUGUUAGCAUGCAGAUUGCUUUCUUCCAAAAGGAUCACAAUCUCUUCCAAUUAGAACAUUUGUUCAGGACUGCUCUGAAGAGACUUCUACUCCAUCAGAAAAUAUCAGUCAGAAAACGUCAGAAAUUUCUAGACAUACAACUUGGGAAUAUUCGAGCACAGGUCCUUCUUCCACUAUGGAAACCUUUGGUCAAGCCGAGAAGCUCCCUUUUUUGAAUGAUACCAUUAUCAUACAGGAAUUUCCCAAAGUUUCUCAAACAAAAAGUAUCACAUUAGAGAGUCCAGCUGAACUUGAACUAAUGUGUAGUUUGGUCAUCAGCAACACCACAAACGUGGAAAAAAUGGAGACUAUUUGGAACUUAGGAAAUGCAACUAUCAGUUCGGAGACCAUCAGGAGGAACGAAACUCACUCCAAAUGGUGCACUCGAUACACGGUAAAAGUCAGAAACCAAGACCAGAUGAGGAAUUACACAUGCAUUUAUAAAACUAAACCAGAGAUAAAUGCUACCUUUGUUUUACAAGUGCCUCAAGUCCAUGUAAAGUCUGAGCAUAUAAUCAGUUAUGUGGGUGACUCCGUGGUCUUGACUUGUGUUGUUGGAAAUGGGAAAAUCCACAUUAACCCACAUUUUUGGACCUGGUAUUCAAAUAAUGGAAGUGGAGAGGUUGUUAUUAAUUCUACCCUGAUGCCAGAGAAGUACAGCUUUAUCAAGACACAUAAGAACAUUACCAAACUGAAGAUCUUUGAUCUUUCUGAAUUAGAUAGCAUGUCUUACUGGUGCAAAGCUGGAUUUCUACUAGGUGAAAGCAAAGGAAAAGUAUCUCUCAAAGUCCUGACCUAUCUGACACCUCUCAAACCAUUUCUUGUGAUAGCUGCUGAAGUUAUUGUUUUAGUAGCACUUAUUUUUAUCUAUGAAGUGUUCUCCAAAAAGAAAGAAGUGAAUACUGAAGUUGAAAAAGAAUUUGAACAAGUAGAAACAUUGAAAUCAGAAGACAGCAAUGGUAUGGAGACUAGUAGUACCCGACACAGAAAAGUCUAAAUCCCUUGUGGAAAACUGGCAAAAUGAAAAGAAAUGUCAAGACUGCACUGGAUAAAAAAAAAUUCUGAAACAGUGGAACUAUAUCUACUUGGUUUCCAAUUAUGGACUUUUAGGUGUCUUAAAAAAUACUGCUUUAAAAUGCCUUUUUAAAGUAAUGAAUGUAUUAAAUAAUGCUAAUGUCAUACAGAUUGUCCUAAAAGUUUUAGCUAAACUUAUGCUAUAGUCCAGUGGUUCUUAACCUUUUUGAACGAAUCGCCCCCUUGAGCCAAUGAGGAAGUUGUCAUCGCCCCCCUCCCCCAACAUAACCUCUCAAUCACAACAUAGGAAAUAAUUCUUCAAUUUAU